CACUCAAAAACGGUCCAAAUCCGCUGGCGAGUAUUGCCUUACUUUGAAAGGUUUGACGGAUGUUUCAGUUCUCAUGCUUACUAGCUCGACAGAGUUAACAGGGCUCGUAGUGCUAUGGUGCCCAGAGUAGCUUCAAUGCUACAGAUGCAAACUUCUCUGACCCAGAUGAUACUCAACCUCCAACCAUUCUAGCUUAGAAGUUUGUGAGUGGUCGCCGUGAGCAUGGCGGACCGGGAGGAGCGCCGCUUCGCCGAGGUCUCCCGGGAGUCCGUCAAACUCAUGGCCGAGAGUGCAGGCGUGGAGCUGGGGGACGAUGUGGCCGCUCUGCUGGCGGAGGACGUGUGCUACCGGCUGAGAGAGGCAACACAGAGCAGCUCUCAGUUCAUGAGACAUGCCAAGAGGAGGAAGCUGACAGUGGAGGACUUCAACAGAGCUCUGCGCUGGAGCAACGUGGAGGCCAUAUGUGGUUACGGGGCCCAGGAUGCUCUGCCUUUCCGCUCAGCCAAAGAAGGAGAGCUUUUCUUCAUUGAGGACCGGGACAUCAACCUGGUGGAGUUGGCGCUGGCCACCAACAUUCCCAAAGGCUGCGCUGAGACCAUGGUGCGAGUAAAUGUGUCUUACCUGGAUGGGAAAGGAAAUCUGGAGCCUCAGGGGACAGUUCCCACAGCGGUGCAGUCUCUGUCAGACGACCUGUUGAAAUACUACCAACAGAUCACUCGGGCCAUCCUGGGAGAGGACCCCCACCUCAUGAAGGUGGCUCUGCUGGACCUUCAGUCCAACUCCAAGAUCGCCGCCCUCCUGCCGUACUUUGUUUACGUCAUCAGCGGGGUGAAGUCAGUGAGCCAUGACCUGGAGCAGCUCAACCGGCUACUCCACAUGGUGAAGAGCCUGGUUCAGAACCCCUACCUGUACCUGGGCUCAUACGUGCGCAGCCUGGUGUCCAGCGUCAUGUACUGCAUCCUCGAGCCGCUGGCCGCCUCCAUCAACCCGCUCAACGACCACUGGACCCUCCGAGACUACGCAGCCCUGCUGCUCAGCCACAUCUUCUGGACUCACAGUGAUCUGGUGAGCGGUCUCUACCAUCAGAUCCUGCUGUCGCUCCAGAACGUUCUCUCUGACCCAGUGAGACCACUCUGCUCCCACUACGGAGCUGUGGUGGGGCUCCAUGCUCUGGGAUGGAAGGCUGUUGAGAGAGUGCUCUUUCCUCACCUCCCUGCGUACUGGGCCAACCUGCAGGCUGUGCUGGAUGACUACUCUGUGUCUAAUGCCCAGGUCAAAGCAGAUGGACAUAAAGUGUAUGGAGCCAUCCUGGUGGCAGUGGAGCGCCUGCUGAAGAUGAAGGCUCUGUCUCUGUCCCAGAUGGCAGAGGGAGGCUCCAGCGGUCAGCUGGGUUCUGUAGUGGGCGCUAUGGGUUACAGGGUGAGCUCCCCCGGCCUCAGCCCCCCUCCAGAGCCUCUGUCAGAGGCCGCCUUGGGAAUCGCCAGCCAUCUUCAGGCGGGCGGGGCCGGCUGUCCCUGGGAGGAGUGGACCCCGGUCCCUCUGCCCGCCAUGUACUGCGAGCUUUAUUCCUUCUUUGGAGACAGUCUGGCCGUCAGGUUCAGCACGGGGCCCGGGUUGGGCAGCUACCCCCCCUGCACCCCGUCCCAGCCCGGUGAUGCCAGGAAGGAACCCCCAGGCCCCGCCUCCAACCCUGACACUACCCGAAAGAUGCCUCAGCUGACCGCCAACCUCAACAUCAGCCCCAGACAGGACGGGAGUCCUCGCACCGACCCGCCCCCACCCAGCCUGGCAGCUACUGGGUCGGGGAGGUCACUGGCUCGCUCCUCUUCGUCCUCGUCCUCCUCUGUGCAGCGCUCCAGAUCUUCCUCGUCACGUUCGGGCCAGCGCUCAGCAGGUCUGUCUCGGGACGUCUUCCCCAAAGCUCGCUUCACCUCUCCUCAGACCGGACUUCCUGCGUUCUCCUUCCUCAUCGGCGGCCGGCAAAUGGGUCGGCGUUGCCAAGGCCGCCGCCCCUUCCAGACCACCUUUGCCCCGACUCCACCUCUCUCCGCCAUCCCGCCUCGUGCCUACGCCCACAAACUGCCCGUCAUCGGCAGGGUGGGCAAACCUGUUCGCCGCUGGGCGUGUUCCCAUUACUCCCUUCACCUGCCGCUCUAGAGGCGCUCUCGGAAAUGAGCCUAAGACUGCACGCAGCAGAGCGUGACUGCAGACUUUAACAGGACCAUCUUCAUGUUCUGUGAUUAUAUUUUUUUAGUAGCAAACUCAAGGAUUCUGCUUGGUUAUCAAGGCUGAAAACAGCAUUUUGAACAAAAUUAACUGAACAAAUGUCUUGGUUAGUCAUAUAAAAGACGUUACUGGCUGACAGCAGCGUGCAGCAUCACUUUGCCAACAGAUGUGACCCAGAAACACUGAGACGAGCCGACGCAGACCGCAGAAAUUUACUCCUGGAAUGUUUCAUUUUUAGCAUUAGUUGUAAGAUGCUGUAACUGUGUGAAAAAAUCUAAACCAAGCAGUGUUAUUAUGAAGUAAUGCUGGUGUAGACCAAAACAAUUAAAAAACAGCUUGUGCAGA